CAUCUUCAUUUUGUUUAUUUUUGUUGUUUUGCUUAAUGUCACUUUUUAUAUAAAUAGGCCCUUCUGGCCAUUGUUUAUUCCCUUUUUUGUUAGAACCCAAAAAUAAAGAAUAAACAACGACAACUAAACUCACUAUUUGUAAACAAACAAACCAAAUAAACGCAGCUAUUUUUAUUUUGCCGAAAUCCUGCCAGUCUUGUCAUUUGGGAGCCAGCCGAGUUUAGGUUUAUUCCUGGAAAAUAACAAAAAAGGACAACUUUAUUCUUUAUUCUUUGUUUAUUUGUUUUAUGUCAAUUUAAUUUCUGUCGUCAAUUGUCUUGUUGAAUUUGUGUUUAUUGUUGCUGUUUAUUGAAACGGACGGACAUUUUAUAAAAACAACUGUCACCACUUUAAGUCACAAAAAAAAUAAUUCUUACCUGUAUUCAAGAAAUUCUGCCGGUUUUAUGCCACAAAACCAAGAUCUGACCAGAAGAACCAGUGGACGCAGCACUCAAGGAAUUCCGCCAGCCCGAUAUAACCCUGACACUUACGAUAUGUCUGUCGUUCGCUCACCAACAGGAGAUACAUUUACCAGCAGCCACCAAAAACAGCAACAAAUGCCAGCUGCAGCCGCAGCAGUCGAUACACCACCCGCCAAUACUUCUAAAUCUUCUUCUUCUCAGUUACAGCUCCAAAAACCGCCUUCAAAUACACCAGCCAAAACACCAAAUCCUGCAAAUGAAUUAGCCGAGAUGAGAAAACUUAUGAAAUUUGAAAUGGAACAGAUGCAACGUCAGAUGAAACCAAUGCAAGACGAAUUUUUAGCAGCACAAGCAAAAAUGCAAGCACAACUAUUAAAUACGUCACAGCAAUUUGCUUCUUUGCAAAACACAAUGUCGCAGCAAGCAUUGCCUACACUGACGUCACAACCACCAAUUUUCUCAAAUCAAACGACACAACAACCGCCAUUGAAUACGCCGCAACAGCCACAAAGGAAUCUGCCACCACAGCCGCCAUUGAAUCUGCCAUUGAGUCUGCCGCCACAGCCGCCAUUGAAUCUGCCAUUACAUUCAGUAGUUUUGCCAUCACAAACAGUACCGCCAACAACAAGUCAACAGUUGCAGAAGUGCAUCAACUGCCGGCAUUGUCUAUCAACACAGAUGAAUCUUUUCCAAAUUCACUUUCAAAUAACUCCAACGGAAAUGCACAUAAAAAAUUUAACCCUUGCCCAUUUUUAUCCCUUGCCAUAG